AUGGCACCUACACCGGAGGCUGUAACACCAGCGGCGGUUUUUCAAUUUGAUGCUUUCAACCCGAAUACGACAAGGUGGUCACGUUGGGUGAAACGGUUUGAAACAGCUCUGGUGAUAUUCAACAGCGAUCAGGAAAAAAAGCGUCAAUUCUUACUUCAUUACAUAGGUGCGGCAGCAUAUGAUGUCCUCUGCGAUAAAAUCCUACCACGUACACCAGAAGACAUUACGUAUACGGAAAUCGUUAACACAUUGGAGGAGCAUUAUAACCCAAAACCCAACGAAAUUUUGAACCAAGCUCCAAGGUCCAAGGAAGAGGAAAAGAGAGAGCUCACACUGGAUGAAGCCGUUAACAUUGCAAAAGCCUACGAAGCAGCAGAAAAAGGCGGGAUCGAAAUCCGGAACUGCGCAAAGACAAAUGAAACAAGCGUAGACAAAAUACGAAUACAAGGUAAACACAAACUGACACAGGACAAGAGACAAAGCAAAGACAAUGAUAAACAGGGCAAAAGUGUCAAAUGCUUCAGAUGUGGCAGCUCUGCACAUUUGGCAAACGCAUGCACAUAUAAAGAAACAAUGUGUCACUAUUGCAAAAAGAAGGGGCUCUUGAAGAAGAUGUGUUUGCAGAAAAAGAAGCAAAUUAACCAAAUUUCUGAUGAAAAGGAAACGCUACGGCAAAAUACUGACUGUAAGGUAGAAGACUUAUUCCAAAUAAGUUGCUUAAACAACAAAGCUGAGCCAAGACGUAAAAUACUUUGUUCUUUAGAUGUGGAGGGUGAACUAAUUUCUUUUGAAAUUGAUACAGGCUCGCCUGUAAGCAUAAUCAUUCUGGCUGACGCAAAGAAAUAUUUUUCGAAAGCUAAAGUGAAGGAGAGUGAUACAAUCUUCUAUAGCUAUUGCAACACAAGGUUGGAAUGUUUGGAUACAUUGACGUCCAGGCGAGUACCAUUCCCACUUUGGGAGGCUGUAGAGGCAGAACUUGACAAGCAGGUGAGUGAAGGAUUGUUGGAAAAAACGGAUAAGAGCGAAUGGGCUUCACCCAUAGUCGUGGUACAAAAAGUGGAAGGCAAAGUGCGAAUCUGUGGCGACUACAAGCUUACGUUGAAUCCUGCACUACGCAUAGAUGAACACCCACUACCGACAAUAGACGAACUCUUCAGGAAUACGGCAGGAGGUACAAAGUUUACAAAGAUUGACCUGUCAAAGGCGUAUUUACAAUUGCAAAUUCAUCCGGACGAUCGGCACCUGCUAACAUUGAGCACCCAUCGGGGCUUAUACCAACCUACAAGGAUGAUGUUCGGCAUUGCUUGCGCUGCAGCGGUUUGGCAAAGGUUCAUGGAGAAGUUGGUGGGAGACAUUCCGGGAGUUACUGUGUUCCUCGAUGACAUCAAACUUACUGCACCCGACGAUGCAACACACCUUGAACGAUUGGAAGAAAUCUUACGCCGUCUAGAAAAUCACAAUAUGAGGGUCAACCUUGGUAAGUCACAAUUUUUAGCAGAUCGUAUUGAGUACUGCGGUUAUCUCAUAGAUAAACAAGGCAUCCACAAAAUGAAACAAAAAGUGGAGGCUAUUCAAAACAUGAAAACGCCAACCAACAAAGACGAAGUCCGCUCUUGCUUGGGAUUGUUGCAGAAUAAAGUUGAGUUCAAUUGGGAUGCCAAAUGUGAAAAUGCCUUACAGUCAAUAAAAGACGUUAUGCAAUCGGACAUUGUGCUGACCCACUAA